GCUCCCAAAAGUUUCACAAGAAAACUACUACAACAUUAGCUUCCAAGACAUUCAAGAGUUAGAAAGUGAGAAUGGCUUCCAUUUUUCCAUUAUUUCUCUUGUUCUCUUCUCUCACCCUUCUCUCCAUUGCUGGUGCUCAGGAAAGAGCUCCUCAUGGACUAGCCAAAGAGAACCCAAUGGCAUUUUCGCCAACAGCAUAUGAUUUUUUUCAUCCAAACUCAAAAAACCCAGUUGCUAAAGACCCGUGUGUUGCUUCCAAAUGCUCGCCAUUGCCUAUUGCAGCCCAUGUCGAAGCAACUGAAGGUCAUGAGAGCAGAUUUUCUGGCUCACAGAAUGGCAAGACAAGGGUUGGAGCUGGUGGCAUUGCAGGCAUUGUGUUCGGUUUAGGAUUUGUGGUGUUUCUGGCUAUGGGCGUUUACUAUGUGAUUGUCGCACGCAGAACAAAAAUGACUCGGGCUAAUACUGUUAAACCUGAUGUAUGAGGUUUCAUAACUUGGACAAGCCAUCUACUGUUGCCC